UGAAAAUUGAGAUUACUCGGAUUUCUCCGUCGCAGCUGCAAUUUGCUGGAGAAAGAAUGGAAGUCGACGGUGCGGUGGUGAUCGAGAAAGUUGCAGGAAAAUCCGCCGUCACGAGAUGCUUUUCCAAGUAUCCCCUCAAAUUCAUCAUUCCCAGAAAGGUCGGUCCCUCCAAAACUGAUGCUAUUUGGAUUUAUAGCCUCAAUUAUGGUGGCGGCAUUGUCUCUGGAGAUUCAAUUUCGUGCGAGUUGACUGUUAAAGAUGGCUGCACUGCAAUCCUAACGACUCAGUCUUCUACUAAGGUUUACAAGUCCAGGGGAGAAGAGCGCUCUGAACAAGUAUUGAAGGCAACGAUUGGUCGCGAUGCCCUUUUGGCCGUACUUCCAGAUCCCGUGACAUGCUUCGCCACCGCAAGGUAUGCACAGAAACAAGUCUUUAGAGCUGAUGCAGGCUCUAGUAUGGUUCUUGUCGACUGGUUUACAAGUGGGCGCCAUGGAAGGGGAGAAAUCUGGGAGUUUGAUUUCUUCAAGAGCACCAAUCAAAUAUACUUAGAAGACGACCAUCCAUUAUUUUUUGAUACGGUGCUUCUAGAGCGAGAAAGCACGAACUCUUUAAUAGAUCGCAUGCAUGGAUACCAAGUCAUUGCAAUGGUUGUAAUUUUGGGGCCAAAGGUUAAGAAUAUUCGAGACCAAGUUCGAGAAAACGUGAAAAAGAUGAUGAGUGACCAAUUACAUUCUCCUUUCACUUCUGCCCGUGGAGCCCAAAUGAAAAUGAAGUCUGAUCAUUUUUUGACCAAACCUGGCAUCAUUGCUUCUUCCAGCGUCUUUGGCCCCAUGGGAAUUGGCACUGUUGUUAGAAUAGCUGCCAUGGAAACUGAAACAGUGUACAGGUUCCUCCAGCAACAGCUAGCUUCAAUGGAACCCCUUCUUGGAGUGCCACCUUAUAAAUGAGAAGUAAGCUCAAAAACUCCUGAAUGUAAGCCAUUCCCUUGUAACGGAGCAAUAAUCAAUGGAAUGUUGUAUUGUCUGGAACCUUACAUUAGUAAAGUGAAGAACACAAGCACAGAGAAGGCGGUUGCCAUAUGGAACCUAUGAAAUCUGGAGACUAAUUUCGUUUUUUGCUUU